AUGAAGACAGACUUCAAGUUUUCGAACCUGCUAGGCACUGUCUACUGCCAGGGCAACCUCGUCUUCAGCCCCGACGGCACAUGUCUCUUCUCCCCAGUCUCCAACAGGGUGACCGUCUUCAACCUUGUAGAAAAUAAGUCAUACACGUUGCCGUUUGCCCACCGAAAGAACAUUGCCCGCAUCGGACUCACGCCGCGAGGCAACCUGCUGCUAUCUGUUGACGAGGAUGGACAAGCCAUCUUGACCAAUGUGCCGCGCCGAGUGCCCAUAUACCACUUCUCGUUCCGAUCCAAGGUCACAGCUCUCGCUUUCUCGCCUUCGGGACGUCAUUUUGCGGUAGGCUUGGGCAGGAAAAUUGAGGUCUGGCAGGUGCCCUCGACGCCGGAUGCGAAUACCGAGGGUGAACUGGAGUUUGCGCCCUUCGUGCGUCACCAUACCCAUACUGGUCAUUUCGACGAUGUGCGCCACAUAGAAUGGUCUUUGGACUCGCGGUUCUUCCUGACUGCCUCCAAGGAUUUGACCGCAAGAGUGUGGAGCCUGGACCCUGAGGACGGUUUCGUGCCAACGGUACUGUCAGGACACAAGCAGGCCGUCAUUGGCGCUUGGUUCUCGAAAGACCAGGAGACCAUCUAUACUGUCAGCAAGGACGGAGCCGUUUUCGACUGGCAAUAUGUCAGAAACCCUAACGCGCCGCCGCCCGAGGACUCAGACGACGAGAUGGAGGAUGACGAAGCGGCUGAUAUGCGUUGGCGAAUCGUGCAGAAGCAUUACUUCAUGCAAAACAGCGCCACAGUGCGAUGCGCAUCGUACCACCCAGAGUCUAACCUUCUGGUCGCUGGGUUUUCAAAUGGCAUUUUUGGACUGUACGAGAUGCCGGACUUCAACAUGAUUCACACCCUCAGCAUAUCCCAGAACGAGAUCGACUUCGUCACCAUAAACCAAAGUGGAGAGUGGCUGGCAUUUGGUGCAUCGAAAUUAGGCCAGCUCCUCGUCUGGGAAUGGCAAUCCGAGUCGUACAUCCUGAAGCAACAAGGGCAUUUUGACUCGAUCAACUCACUAGUCUACUCUCCUGACGGGCAACGGAUCAUCACAACAGCAGAUGAUGGCAAGAUCAAGGUCUGGGACGUUGAGUCUGGCUUCUGCAUUGUCACCUUUACCGAGCAUACCAGCGGCGUUACGGCCUGUGAAUUUGCAAAGAAGGGAAAUGUACUCUUCACCUCGAGCUUGGAUGGGUCAGUCAGAGCGUGGGAUUUGAUACGGUACCGGAAUUUCAGGACUUUCACCGCGCCAACGAGGUUGUCGUUUUCCUGUAUGGCUGUGGAUCCCAGUGGCGAGGUCGUUGCUGCUGGUUCGUUGGACUCGUUCGACAUCCACAUCUGGUCUGUUCAGACUGGUCAGCUGCUCGACCAACUUUCCGGACACGAGGGACCUGUAUCAGCGCUGGCUUUCGCACCCAAUGGUGGCUUGCUGGUCAGUGGGAGCUGGGAUCGUACUGCCAGGAUAUGGUCCAUCUUCAACCGCACACAAACGAGUGAACCUCUUCAGCUUCAGGCUGACAUUCUAGACAUUGCCGUCCGGCCAGACUCAGCACAGCUGGCCGUAUCUACCUUGGAUGGUCAGCUGACCUUUUGGUCUAUCGCAGAAGCAGAGCAAAUAUCUGGACUUGAUGGCCGCCGAGAUGUAUCAGGAGGACGCAAGAUUUCAGACCGAAGGACCGCCGCGAACGUUUCUGGAACCAAGAGCUUCGGUACGAUCCGAUACAGCACGGACGGCAGCUGCUUGUUGGCUGGUGGUACAAGCAAGUAUAUAUGCUUGUACUCAGUGAGCACCAUGGUUCUACUGAAGAAGUUCACCGUCAGCGUCAACCUAUCUUUGUCUGGAACCCAGGAGUUCCUCAACAGCAAGCUCCUGACCGAGGCAGGACCUGAAGGCCUUCUGGAUGAUGAGGGUGAAAACUCAGAUCGCGAAGCCCGGAAAGACACCUCGCUGCCAGGAUCAAAACGUGGCGACCCGGCCUCUAGGAAAAAGGUUCCGGAAGUAAGGGUCACUGGCGUUGGCUUCUCCCCUGCUGGUACCUCAUUCUGUGCAGCAUCUACCGAAGGACUUCUCAUUUACAGCCUGGACAAUGACCUUCAGUUUGAUCCGUUCGACCUCAACAUCGAAAUCACUCCAGCUUCCACACUUGCAGUUCUUCAAACCGACCAGGAUUAUCUGAAAGCUCUUGUGAUGGCCUUCCGACUAAACGAAGCAGGCUUAAUCAAGCGAGUGUUCCAGGCAAUUCCAUACCCUGAAAUCCCUCUUGUGGUAGAGCAGUUCCCUACCGUAUACGUGUCCAGACUACUGCGAUUUGUGGCUGCGCAGACAGAGGAGUCACCGCACAUGGAGUUCUGUCUGCUCUGGAUCAAAGCCCUCAUGGACAAACAUGGAAAAUGGCUCUCUGCCAAUCGCAGCAAGGUAGACGUUGAGCUACGAGUUGUUGCUAGGGCAGUUUCGAAAAUGAGAGAUGAAAUACGGAGGUUGGCUGAUGAGAACGUCUACAUGGUUGACUACCUGCUUGGCCAAGCUCAGGACAAGACUCGGGAUGGAAAUGAUGGCCAGGCUCUCUUAGAGGACAGCAACGAGACAGCGAAACUUCUGAUGCCCGCUGGUGACGAUGCCAUGGCCGAAGAAGUGGGCUCGGAAGACGACUGGAUCGGGUUGGAUUAA